CUACACAUAGGCUUGGGGUAACUGUAUGUGAACGGUGAGAAGAACCUGGACCCCAACUCCAGAAAGAGAGCCGAGUAAUCCAGGACCUAGUACCAGUUGGGCAGCAAGAACUGGUUUUUUGGCAUAAUGGCAACUACAAACAAAUCCAGUGAAAAAAUGAAAACACCUAGAGGAAGAAAACAGUGUCUCCUGGAGGAGAUAAAUGAAAAGCGUGAAUCCAACUGUUUAGUAGAAAGAAGCAAUCAAGUCAGCUUACUGAGAGUUCAGAAGAGGCAUUUCCUUGGCACCUAUCAGUCCUGUGCUUACACCCAGAUUAAAGAACCUGUUCCUGACAGCGGCAGGAGCUCUUGGAUCCGGCUGAGUCUCCUUGUUCACAGGGAGAGAAAGCACUUUGCACCAAAAAAUAAUGCUAUAUUUGGAUAAAGUACAUCUUCAGAGACACACAAAUACAUUCUUCGAUCUUCCAAUGUCUGUGUGAAUUAUUUGGAAAUAUUAAUUACAAAGGAAACUAAACAAAUUAACCAGGCCAUAAAUUGCUUGAGUCAUACAAAACAUGAAUCUUCAUUCAUUCUAUUCCAUCCUUUAGAGUUCAAUGUUCUGAGUAUUUGAGAAGCUUUGAAUUAUUACAGACACUUUCAAAGGUGAAUUAAAGUUUAUAGUAUCCCCUCUUCUAAAUGUGUAAGUAUUAGUUUACUUUUUUUCCUGUGAAUCAGAGGAACGUGUUGGCCAAUCAUAACUGUCAGGCUGAGCUCCAGCAGCUCUAUGUUAAUACCUCUAGUUGGUCAAUCACAUUAUUUGUCAGAACCAUAAUUCUGAUGAUUUAAAUAUCUGCAUACUUGGCUGGCAAAAUAAGAUGUCCAUAGUUAAGAGCUUUU